GCAGCGCUUCAUGAAUUACUUAAAACUGUCAAACUGACCCAUCAAAGUCAGUGGGCGGGGCUAACGCGAAUCUAGUCUGAUCCAUUGCUUUGGUCUGAAGUAGAGUACCUGGAUUGAAACAUGGAGGAUCUCCGUGAACUUUCCAGGGAGUUGGUGAGAGACAUUUUAAACUUAGCAGAGGAUGUAGAAGCAGGACCUGCUGAAUCAGAGCAUGUAGCUAGUAAAGCAGAGGAACUUAUUGAAGUUGUUGGAGUCAUUUCCGCACUUUCCGACGAAGAUAUCGACCACAGAGUGAUUGCAAAUCUAGAAGAAGUUGUCCACCGCUUCUCUGGUACCAGGGCGCAUCAGGCCCAACACACACAGGGACCGGGGCGUUUGCCGUUUGACAUACCGAGUGCAGUUCUGGAGCACCAAGUUCUUUGUGGAGUUCCCGCAGUUCAAAUUGCAGCGAUGUUCGGAGUGUCAAAAAGGACUAUCAAGAGGCGCAUGCAACAAUACAGUUUAAGAAAAACCGAUCUCUAUUCAGCUGUGAAUGAUGAGGAGUUGGACCAUAUUGUAAGUGAAAUUCACAGAAGUCAUCCAAACACCGGCUACAAGCUAAUGCGUGGUCACCUGAAUGCAAGAGGUGUGCGUGUUCCAAUCUCAAGACUGCAAGAGUCUUUACGCAGAGUAGAUGCAGAGGGAGUCCACAUGAGACGUCUGAGGCUGCGUGUAUUAAGGCGACGGCAGUAUUUUGUUCCUGGCCCAAACUCUUUGUGGCAUAUAGAUGGCCACCAUAAGCUCAUCAGGUGGAGAUUUGUUGUCCACGGUGGGGUGGAUGGAUUCAGUCGUUUAGUGGUCUACCUGACUGUGGCUGGCAAUAACAGAGCUCAUACGGUCUUACAGAGCUUUAUCGCCGCUGUUGAGCAGUAUGGGCUGCCAUCAAGGGUACGGUCUGAUAAAGGGGGGGAGAAUGCAGAUGUAGCAGAAUUCAUGAUCAGAAGCAGAGGUACCGACAGGAAUUCACACAUCACAGGCAGAAGUGUCCACAAUCAGCGGUAAAGAAAUGUGUUUGGCAACUAGGCUCACACAACUAACAUACCAGUUGAACGUACUUUAGCAUAUGUCACAUAAAUUAACAAUUUGUCAAUUUUAUCCUAAACACAGAAUAGAGAGGAUGUGGAGAGAUGUUUAUGAACAUGCCCUGGACCUCUUCUAUCAGAUCUUUACUUCAUUGGAAGAUCAGGGAACACUGAAUCCAGACAAUGAAGUCCAUCUUUUCGCUCUGCACCGGAUUUUCCUUCCACUGGUCCAGCAAAGCCUAGACUCUUUUCGCGACGCUUGGAACUUUCACGGUCUGAGAACUGAAAGGAAUCAGUCACCACAGCAACUCUGGAGAAGAUACAGAGAGCAAGGCCCUGAGGAGGAUCCUACUGAGAUUUCUGAAGAGUAUGGGAUCGACUGGAACGGACCUCACGGCCUUCAUGGAGGCACUGUAUCAGUCCCUGAGGUUCAGCUGGCCCGUGAGCUCUCAGAUGAAGAGGUUGCAAUUUUGCCAGCUCCAGGAGUUUCUGUUACUGAUGCGCUUAGAUUAUAUGUAGAGACUGUGGAAGUGUUAUCAAGAAUCUUAGACUGAUGUCCAAGCCAUGUUUUUAUUUGUUGUGUUAGAACCAGCAGUCAAAAACUGAAAGUUUGCUUUCCUUUUAAAAGAAAUAUAUAUGCAGAAUAAAAAAAUGAAUAACAAAAGGUCAACUACUGCACAGUGUGUUAAUCUAAGUUUUCAAAGACUCUGAACAGUGUAGGCAUUGACAUUAGGGCUGGGCAAUAUGGAGAAAAUCAAAUAUCACAAUAUUUUUGACCAAACACCUCAAUGACGAUAUUGUAUGGUUGACAAUUGAUUCAGUCACAAAAUAUCUUCCACCUUUAAAUUUCUGAUAAAUAACCAUCAUAAUGUGGAUAUAAUGACUAAGUGGUUAAAGGCAAAUACUAGAACAGUCUGGUAAAUUCAGAAAAUUACACUUUACUGUAAUGCAGCCUUUGAAACCAGGAAAAGACUGAACUUACCAUGUAACAUUACAUGUCAAAAUUACGAUAGAUAUAAUAUUGAAAUAUUACCCAGCCCUAAUUGACAUCUGUCUGAACAAACUUAAACCAGCCCAAAUCCAGUACUUUUUAUAGCAGCGACAAGUGCUUUCUCAAAGUCCAUGUAGAUUUUGAAAUGAGCUGGCAGCUUUAGGGUUUCAAAGCAUGUGGAGGACGUAGGAAGGGUUCCCCCAGAAA